AUAAAAGGGGUUGGUACGAGUGUCGCAGAGACUAGAUCGUCGCCAUAAGUUCGGGCGUUACCCACAGCAACGAAUCAACAUCUCUCUUUCCUUACGACAGUUGGAACCGACUUGACCAGCCAAACUCUUUUCGAAGACUCGACAAAAACUGCUAAAAUCUAUUCACCAAGAAAAAGUUUCUCAUUCAGGCGGAUCGUUUCUUCUCACACCCAACUCAUUACUCAACCAUAAAUAAGGUAAAAGUAUGGCAAAAGACUGUCACACAUGACGGGUCCCACCCAUACGAAUUCGUGCUAUUGUGUGAUGCAUAACCAAAGCAAUGCAAGUGUAAUAAGACACAUGGCAGAGUUAAUUACUUUUAGACGAGCAAGUACGAUACAGCCAUACAUGCACAAUAGUUUUAGCAUUUCGUGUGCACCAAGUUUUCUCGUGACGAAACGGCGGAUAGCGGCUGCGCUGAUUUUCGUGUAACCUCACACUUGUUCCCAGCGGCUAAAAGUUAUAUACCUAUACAACACUUUUACACUCUAUAUAAAACCAAAGGUGAAAUGACCUACGAAGGCUCAGUCAUUCUAACACUUCCGAGCCAACCAACACUUUUGCGAGCCUCACAGCUGAUGUAGCACAAAGUUGUUGUUUGGAAGUCGAAUGUUUAAAUCUAAGCAUUUAUAAUUGUUCCUUUGUAUUUAUAUUAAAUUGUGAUUUACUAUCAACAUGGCGGGUGCCUUAUUAGCAAGGAAAAUGGCAGCCGGAAAGAAGCGAGUGGAUCAUGUGGCUUGGCAAAUCGAAGUAGCCACCAACGAAGAGUGGGAAGAACUCACCAAGCUUCAAGGACUUGUUGUGGUUGACGUCUACUCGGAAUGGUGCGGCCCUUGCACGGCGAUGGCUUCCCAUUUGAAAGAGAUCAAACUUCAAUUAGGUGAUGAUCUCCUCCACUGCGCCCUGGCUAAAGCGGAUUGCAUCGGUCAGCUCUCCAAGUUCAGGAGCAGGAGCGAACCAACUUGGCUUUUCCUGGCCGGCGGCGAACCUGUAGCUUUGAUUAGAGGUGCUAAUGCCCCUCUCAUCAGGAAAACUUUACUGGCUGAACUGCAAACGGAAAAGGAAGUGUUGGAAGGAACUCGUCAAAGGGUUGCGUUGUCAUGGGAUAGUUUUGAUUUGCCAAACAGCAAUCCCGAGACAGAAGAAACUAAUCAAGAAGACGUUGAGUUGACUACUGCGCCAGAUAAUUGGCUAGAACUGGACGGAUUGACUUUGAAAGGAUCCUAUCGAUUGAUCCUCGAUAAAUUGAUCGAGGCAUUGACCGAAAAAAAAUUGGCGAUCGUCGCCAGAUCGGCUGUAAGUCUCAACAAAAAAGAUUGUCUCAUUCUGUGGUUCCCUUCGACAGUGGAAGACGAAAGCCUGGCAGAGUGGUUUGACCACACCAUUAAAUCACUGAUUGCUGAAGUUGAACCAAAAACUGUUCAUGAAGAAGGCACGGAAGACGAGCUGGCAGAAAACGUGGAAGGACUAGAAUUAGAAGAGAAAACGGAACAUACGGAUGACACCCCUUGCAGUGCCGAAGCUAACGCGGAAGAAUCGGAAUAUCAGCCUAUAGAGUUCCAUCUGAUAGCCGAUCCUGAUGAAAAGGAAGCGCUGAUCAAGCAAUUGGAAAAGGAAUCAGGGGAAGAGGAAGAAACUGCUGAGAAUGAAACUCCCGCCGUGGAAGAGGUCGCCGAAGAAGAAGUGGAAAAACAGCCGGAAGAAGAAGAACCCACUGAAAAUCUGGAGCAAAUUGUCGAAGAUGAAUUGGCUAAAGACGUUAGCGAAUCAGUCGAGUAGACCUAAAACUAUUUCAACUUAACAAAAAAUAAUAA